CCCCCCCGUGCCUCAGUUUCCCGGUUUCUCCUUUCAGUACCCAGCGAAGCCCCACAGGACCCCCCCUCCUCGGGGAGGGGGCACCCACCCCCCACCCCAGACCUCUCCUCUUGCCCCCCUCAAUGCCGCUGGGCCUGGGUCGCCGCAAGAAGCCCCCCCCGCUGGUGGAGAACGAGGAGGCGGCGGGGGGCCGCGGGGGGGCGGGCGGGGACAGCCCGGGGGGGGCGGCGGGAGCCGGGGGGGGGCCGCCCCCCCCCGCGGCGCUGCGGCCCCGCCUGGUUUUCCACACGCAACUGGCGCACGGGAGCCCCACGGGCCGCGUCGAGGGGUUCAGCAACGUGCGGGAGCUCUACGGGAAGAUCGCCCAGGCCUUCCGCAUCCCCCCCGCUGAGGUGAUGUUCUGCACCCUCAAUACGCACAAGGUGGACAUGGAGAAGCUCUUGGGUGGGCAGAUCGGGCUGGAGGAUUUCAUCUUCGCCCACACCAAGGGGCAGCGCAAGGAGGUGGAGGUCUUCAAGUCCGAGGAGGCCCUGGGCCUCACCAUCACGGACAACGGCGCCGGCUACGCCUUCAUCAAGCGGAUCCGGGAGGGCAGCGUCAUCGACCGGAUCCCCGUGAUCAGCGUCGGGGACAUGAUCGAGGCCAUCGACGGGCGCAGCCUGGUGGGCGCCCGGCACUACGAGGUGGCCAAGCUGCUGAAGGAGCUGCCGCGCGGCCGCAGCUUCGCCCUGCAGCUGACGGAGCCCCGCAAGGCCUUCGACAUGAUCGCCCCGCGGGCCGGGGGGGGCCGGGGCGGGACCCCCCAGGUGGGCACCGGCCGGGGGACCCUGCGGCUGCGCGCCCGGGGACCUGCCACCCUCGAGGAGCAGCCCUCUGCCUUUGAGGAGCGAGCGGUGGCCAAGGUGGAUGAUCUGCUGGAGAGUUACAUGGGCAUCCGGGACAGCGAGCUGGCUGCCACCAUGGUGGAGCUGGGUCGCGACGCCCGGGACCCCGACGCGCUGGCCCAGGCCCUGGACUCCCAGCUCGGGGACUUCGCCUUCCCCGACGAGUUUGUCUUCGACGUCUGGGGGGCGAUCGGGGACGCCAAGGUGGGGCGCUGCUAGAGCCCCCCGCUGCGGGACCCCCCAGGACCACCCCCCAGCCACCACAGACCCUGGCUCCUUCCCAUCACUGGGACCCCCCCCCCCGCCCUGCCCCUGACUUGCAAAUGGGCCCCCCAAAAAAAGCUGGAUCCACCCAAAACCUGCUGGAGAUUUGGGACCUGCCCCCCCCGCACUGGACCUGGGUGUUUCCCCCCCUCCCAGUUACCCGUCCCCCCCCCAGCCAGGACCCUCCUAACCUGGGACCACCACUACAUCCUGGAGACCCCGCACCAGUAGGACCUGGGUAGCUCCUCCCUGAAUGACCCCCCCGCAAGCUCCCCUCUCCAACAGAGGUGGGUGCCCCCCAAUCUCCUGCCCCCCCCUGCCAUGGAUGUGGGUCCUCCCCCCAUCCAGGGACACCCCCCCUCAUGGGGGUGGCUUUGAGCACCCUCUCCAUUUUUUGGGACCCCUCCUGAACGCCAGCACUUCCCCCCAUCCCCUGGGACCCCCCUGCACCGUGGGCACGGGUGCCCCCCCCAGACACAGGACCUCUUUCAUGCCCUCUGGGCCUGAAGCCCCCCUCGAGCCCCCCCAUCAUUCCCAGUGCUGUACCCCACUGUUGGAGGGGGUGCCCCCACUCCUUGGGUGGCCCUUAGUGCCACCCCCAUGACACUAGUACCCCCCCCAGAGUGAGGUAUGAGGGUCCCCCCCUUCACCCGCUCAAGGGGCUUUUUUUUGGGGGAGGGGGAGGGGACCAGAGCAGCCCGGUGUCCCCCCAGAGUAUGACACCCCCCCCAGUGCCAAUCUGAGCCUGUCACACACUGUGUCCCCCCAAAAAAAAACACUGUGUCCCCCCCUUGCCACCCUGUCCCCCCCCAGACUCGCUGUGCCCCCCCCCCCGACAUGCUGCCCCCCCAUCGCACUGACUACCUCGGGGGGGCUGGGGGGGCACACACAGCACAGCCCCCCCCUCACCCUGUCCCUUGUCCCCUGGGGGGCCCCUGGAGCGGGGUGGGGGGUGGGGGUGCCCCCCCCGCCCCCCCGGGGCGUAUUUUUGUAUUUUACAUG